UAAAGGAGCGAAAAUAGAGAGAGUGGUGGUUGAGCUUUGAGAGCAUCAAAGUUAGUUGGUGGUUCAAACUGACUCUUGCUUUACAGAGCGAGAAAGAGAGAGAAUGAGCGUUGUGCGAAGAGUGUGUUCGAUGUUCCCCCAAGUUGUUGGAUUCAGCAAGAGGAACAUCUCCUUCAAAACCUUGGAUCCUCCAUCACCACUCGCCCAUGGAAUCCACGUCUUUUAUUGCCCAGAUGCUGUUGGAAUUGUAGCCAAACUUUCAGAUUGCAUUGCAUCUAGAGGUGGAAACAUCCUUACUGCAGAUGUUUUUGUACCUGAAAAUAAACAAGUCUUCUAUUCUAGAAGUGAUUUUGUUUUUGAUCCUGCUAAAUGGCCACGGGCACAAAUGGAGGAGGAUUUCCUAAAGCUAUCACAAACAUUCAAAGCAAUGCGAUCUGUUGUGAGGGUGCCGGCUCUAGAUCCUAAAUAUAAGAUAGCUGUUCUGGCCUCAAAGCAGGAUCAUUGUCUAGUUGAUUUGUUACAUGGAUGGCAGGAUGGAAGACUUCCUGUAGAUAUAACUUGUGUAAUUAGUAACCAUCAUAGAGCUUCAAACACCCAUGUGAUUCGCUUUCUUGAAAGGCAUGGUAUUCCUUAUCAUUGUUUAAGUACAACAAAGGAAGAGAAAAGAGAAGGGGAGAUAUUGGAGUUGGUUCAGAAUACUGAUUUUUUAGUACUUGCCAGGUAUAUGCAGAUAUUAUCCAGAAACUUCUUAAGGAGCUAUGGGAACGAUAUAAUUAACAUUCACCAUGGUCUUUUGCCAUCAUUCAAGGGGAGUCAUCCAUCAAAACAGGCCUUUGAAGCAGGUGUUAAAUUAAUAGGUGCAACAAGUCACUUUGUGACAGAAGAGCUUGAUGAAGGACCUAUAAUUGAACAAAUGGUUCUCUUGCAAGUUUUCUUUGUCAAGCUUUGGUGUUUUCUAGUUUUUGAAUAAGGACCAUUGCAUUUACCAUGUUAAGAUUAAUUGGUGCAGCUCUCAUUCCAUUGACAAAAAAGUAGAUACAGAUGCAAAAGAAUCUGUGUUUAAUACUUUAAAUAAAUCUUUGCCUUUGCUCCUUAAAAUUCUUAAGCUUCUAUUUUAGCUAUAAGCAUCCAUGUUUUUGGGAUAUGUCUCAAAUGCAUGGUUUGUUGGAAAUGGAAAACCGAAAUUUUUUCAUUGCAACUCUCCGCUGCAUCAUUGCCAAUACUGUGGAAUUAGAGUCAUGUUUGCUACCCUAUGGAGUUCAUUGCUUUCACUAAAUUAAGCAUGCAGAAAUUGCAAAGAUGCGAGAUAUAUCUGUACUUAGUCAACAACCUCGACUCAAAUGUAGCUUGAUGCCUUGAUCUUAUUUU